CAAAGCUUCUAUCUCUCUCUACCUAUAGAGACGUACCCAGCAACAUAUAAUUGUGCUCUGAUAUGAUUCUCCAUAUUUCGAUUCUCUGAGGGUAUUGCGGUUUUUGAUCUAACCCCAGAGGGAGAAAAAUGGAAGCAAGUACUGUGAGCACACCAUUGAAUCCUACAUCAAAUAAGCUCCCAGAUUAUAAGAAAUCAGUGAAGUUGAAAUAUGUUAAGCUUGGCUAUCAUUACCUCAUUAGUCAUGGAUUAUACAUUUUUCCUCUAAUUGUGGCCGUGAUUGCUGCACAAAUAUUGACAACUUCUCUGCAGGAUUUGUAUAAUAUAUGGGAUAAUCUCCAGUAUGACUUCAUCUCUGUUAUCCUCUGCUCGACCCUCCUAGUCUCUCUAUUUACUAUCUACUUCAUAACUCGACCUUACCCAGUCUAUCUCAUAGACUUCUCCUGCUACAAGCCUGAGGAAGCUCGAAGAUGCACAAUGAAGAUUUUCAUGGAGCGGUCUCGAUUAAAUGGUUCAUUUAGUGAGGAAAAUCUUGAGUUUCAGAAGAAAAUCCUGCAAAGAUCUGGCCUGGGUGACAACACUUACCUUCCAGAGGCUGUCCUCAAAGUUCCUCCAAAUCCAUCAAUGUCUGAAGCUAGAAAAGAGGCUGAGCUUGUGAUGUUUGGGGCCAUUGAUGAGCUAUUGGCUAAGACUAAAGUUAAACCGAAAGACAUAGGAAUCUUGAUUGUCAACUGUAGCUUGUUCAAUCCAACCCCAUCUUUGUCUGCAAUGGUCAUCAACCAUUACAAGCUUCGGGGAAACAUAGCCAGCUAUAAUUUAGGUGGCAUGGGGUGCAGUGCAGGUUUAAUCGCCAUUGAUCUUGCUAAAAAGCUCCUUCAGCUUCAUCCAAGUUCAUAUGCCUUAGUUGUUAGCAUGGAGAACAUCACUUUGAACUGGUAUGUUGGGAACGAUCGAUCAAAACUUGUUUCAAAUUGUUUGUUUAGAAUGGGAGGAGCCACCAUACUGCUUUCGAACAAAUUCACUGAGAGAAGGCGGUCAAAGUACAGAUUGGUGCACACUGUUCGCACACACAAGGGCGCUGAUGACAAGUGCUUCGCUUGUGUAACCCAAGAAGCGGAUGCCAAUGGGAGCAUAGGAGUUACUUUGUCGAAGGAGCUCAUGGCAGUUGCUGGUGAAGCUUUGAAGACUAACAUAACUACUCUCGGGCCUCUUGUACUACCAGUUUCCGAGCAGUUGCUCUUCUUUGCAACCCUGAUAGGGAGAAAACUGUUGAAGAUGAAGCUCAAGCCCUACAUACCCGAUUUUAAACUAGCUUUUGAGCAUUUCUGCAUCCAUGCUGGUGGAAGGGCUGUUUUGGAUGAAAUAGAGAAAAACUUGCAGCUUUCUGAAUGGCACAUGGAACCCUCAAGAAUGACACUGUACCGUUUUGGCAACACCUCAAGCAGCUCUUUGUGGUAUGAAUUGGCUUAUUCAGAAUCCAAAGGGAGAGUGAGAAGAGGGGAUCGAGUAUGGCAAAUAGCAUUCGGGUCAGGGUUCAAGUGUAACAGUGCUGUGUGGAAGGCAAUGAAGAGCAUAAAGCCAGAUAAGGAGAAGAACCCAUGGAUACCUGAGAUUCACCAAUUCCCUCUGGAGGUUCCUAAGGUAGCAAACAUCUAACUCCAAAUAACAAUCAAAGAUCACCAUUUUGGAUUAUUUUUCUUUUCAUUUGUUACUUGGAGGACAGGAUGUAUAUUACAAAAGAGAAGUAACUUUUGAUGCUUGCUUAAAAUUCUACGUUAAUAGCAUGAUUUUUGCAGUA